AUGGCUGGCGGCGCCGCGGAGCGCGCUGGCUGGCGGCUGCUGCUGCGCCGGACGGGCGCUUCGCUUUCCCGCUGCAGCCGCUUCGCGACGGAGGCGCCCGGCGCCCAGUCCAGGCCUCCGUACGGGAGCCGGCAGCCGCAGGCUCGGCGGGGCGUCGCGGCAGCCCCCGGCGUCGACCAAGCCGCUCUGGCCGGCAGCGCGCCGCCUCCCGGGCCGGACCGGCCGACCUUCCUGUGGGCGCGCUACGGCGAGCUGAAGCGGCUGGUGCAGGGUGAGCCGAGGGGCUUCGACUGGGGCGGAGGGCGCCCGGCCCGGCUCGCUUCCCCGGGGGAUGCUGCCGCCCCUUUGGCUUCUCCCCUUCUCUCCUCCCGCAGGACCCCCCAUUGCUUUCCCCUUUCCAUGUACUUCGUAGCAGUGCCCUUCCCGGGGUCCCUUUCUGCCGCCCCGAGGUAACCCGCUUCCUGACACCUUUUGAGGCACUCCUUUUGGAGUGAGGACUCGCGCAUCUCUCUCGCCGCUUAUGUUGUGGCGACUCUGCUCCGGAGCCGUCGUGCUUUCUGCUGCCAGUCGAGCUGGGUCGCGGGAUCCCCUCCCCUUUGUUUCGGAGACAUGUCCGGGCCGGGACAGCGGCAGAAGGGGCUGCUUUGUGUCUGGCUUUUCAGGCAGGGCUUCGGAGGGUGGGAGGAAGAGAGCAAGAGCCACACGGCGGCUGCAAGAACAGGGAAAGGCUCACAUUUCCUGUGGCGGGGAUCUGUUAAGUCUUUAAGGUGCCACGGGACUCUUCUGCAGCAAGAACACCAAACACAGUGAAUUUUAAAGAAUUGGAGUUGUUUUAUUGCAGUAGUUUUAAUUGAUUUAAAUUUGCACGCAAAAAGCAGGUAAAACAAAUCUUUGGAAGAAAGUGCCAUCCUUUCUUUGUUUUUAGAUUAUGCAUCCAUGAAUCUGGAAGAGCCAUUCCUUCCUGUGUGGGAGAGAAGCCUCUUCUAAAUGAUGCCUGCUACCCUUGAUUUUUGUAAAUAUUUGCAUAUUUUUUAAAAAAGUAUUCUUUCUUUAAAUCUGCCUGAUUAAUACAGGUGGUGGAGGCACUUAUAAGACUGACUGGAACGGAUGAUUCAUCUGAACAUGGUAGUACUAAUCACCCCCAGUCCAAAGAAGGAUCCUGAUUUCUCAAAAAUAUGAUGCAUACAUUUUGGGUUCUCCUUCUGAAUUCCAGGUAUCGGGGGUGGUCUCCCAGUCCUUGUCAGGGACCAGCCAAAAGUAUGCAUCAAGCAAGCUUGCUGGGGCAGGGGAGAACAGUGCAAUUUUAGAGUGCCCCCUUAUGAACCACUAAACAUAGUUACUCCUUAACAUGAUUUAAUCAAUCUGUUCUAGUUGCAGCCAGGGAUGGGCUAUAGCUCAGUAGCAAAGCUGCUGUUGUCCCUUCUAUUUUCUUCCUCUUUCUCCCUUUUUCUGUGGUCAGGAUUUUUAUCAAUAUUACAGAGAUCGGGAGGAGGCAUGGGCUGGCGAGUGGACUUAAUUGUGCAAUUUAUGUUAAAACUUGUGAUAAACAAUUAGAAGGUAAUGUAAUUUCAUGGUAUGAGAAUACCACCAUUACAUUACCACCAUUACUGUUCCCCAGCCCCCAGCAUCUUUAGUGCCUGAAGCCUUGGAGAAUUGUGGAAGAGGGCAUAGAUGCCUCAAUUUAGCUUGAGACUACUUCCUAUUCUCACCCGUUUUUAUACAUGUUCAUCUGCGGAAUUGAAGAUUCUAACAAACCCUGUAGAAAUGAUGUUAGCUUCAAAGUAAACCAGAGUAAAAUAGUGUGCUUUUAUAUAUUUAGUGUAACGUUAACGGUAUUUAAUCCAGUUUUGUAAUAAGGAUGGACAUACUUAUUUGGAUGCACAAAGUGAUCAAACUCCUGCUCUUAAUUCCUGACUUUCUCCUAAGUGCUACAAAAAUUGCCAUGUCUCUCUCUCCUCUCUUCUUCCCCUCCCACUGUCCUCUGCACCUCACAAAAAUAUGCAUUACAAAGCUUAACAGUUCCUUCCUUCCUGGGCACUGCCAGUUUCUUGAACUGUGGCAUCACUACCCACAAAGUUUAUAUGACCACACCAGGCUGUCUGACCCAGCAGUUCCCUCUGUGCUUUGCCUGUUGACCACAAAGAAUCUUACGCAUUUCAGCAUUUGCUGAAUACAGUAAUUUUUAUUUCCAGCUCAACCAGUUUAUUGGGGGGGGGAUGACAGAAGGCAACGUGUAUUCCGUGCUCCGAGAUGAGCUGACUCAUCACUUGGCUUAAGGCAAAUUCUUCAUUAGUGUGCCUGCUUGCACUUGAUAGGGUUAACUAAUGCAGGAUGUCUGCUGUUGCACAAGUGCUACGUGUUUCGAGCAGCAAAGUGUAUGUGCUGCCCAGGUAUAGCCGUCUAUAUUCUUAAAAGACUGAGAGCUGUGUGGACAACUGGAUGCUUUAUAUUUUGGCUGUGAAGCAGUUCUGCCACUUGUUCAAGCUCCUCCCUGAAGGACUGAGGAACACAAGGAACUGCCUUCUACUGAAUCUGACCCUUGGUCCCUCUGGCUCAUGUGGACAGGCAGGGGCUAUCCAGGAUCUCAUACUCUCAUACAGGGCUCUCCCCAGCCCUGCCAGGACAUGCUAUCGGGGAUCAAGCCUGGGAAGUGCAAAGUGCAAAGAAGACACUGUAGUUGAGAAUGGCCAAGAUCCAUUCUGUUUCCAGUGGUGCCCAUCCAGCUUCCAAGCCAGCUAUGAAUGUGAAGCCAUAAUAGUGCUUAGAGAAGAACUAAUUUGGAGGAGCAAAGGGGUGGCAAAGGCUAUUAUGGGGAGAUUUAAUCUUUGUUGUCUAGCAGGCAGUCCCAAACGGUGGUUCAUGGAGAUAAGCUUCAUUUAGGUGGUUAAAAGAGUGACUGUGGAUUUGUGGUUGAAGAAGGGAUGUUUUGCCUCCUGAGUUGGAGGCAGGAAGCCUCUGAAUACCAACUGCUGGCCAUCAGAAGUGGGGGAGGAGAGUGCUGUUGGCUUCGGGUUCUACUUGUGGGCUUCCUGUGGGCAUCUGGUGGACUACUGUGAAAACAGGAUGUUGUGCUAGAUGAGCCAUUGGGUGAUGGACCCAGCAGCCUCUUAUUAUUAUGGAAUGGCACUGAAUGGCCUUCAUAUUGCUCAUUUAAAUAAGGGGGAAUCCAAAUGACUAGUUCUUAAUUUCUAAGAAAAAAAAUAAAUUAAGGCUUGGGGUGGCGUGAGGCUGAGGUCUAUUUAGGAGCCAUCAUGUCUGCUUUGUACCUUAAUCCUGUAUAUGUGGAAUCUACCUGUGGUCACUCAGUAGUAAGGAAAGGCAUGCACACUAUACAUAGUUAGAGGCAUGUUUCUUUGUUGUAACUUAAUGGAUUUGAGGACUUAGCCCUAUAUGGAAAGCAAAUUCAGAGGCUGAGACGUGGCAGACAUAAAGCCCUGAGGGUAACAAGGACUCCUGGCUAUGCAAGAUGCCUCCUGAAAUGUUCAGUAGUAACAGAUUGCUGGUGUGCAAGAACAGACUUAGAGGUGGGGAGACUCUCCAAGGAGGUCAGAUAGACAGUCGCUUGAAGUAUUGCAAUAAAAUGAAAUCCAAAAAAAUAAAAGAAGUAAUGCAAAUUCAAUUAAAAAAAACCAUUAUCAAUAUUUAAUGUGAUGGAUGUACCAUCUCCCUCCUGUCUUCAGCCACAAAUCAACAGACACAGCACAGACCACCUGCAUGAAGCUCAUGAACCACUGAUGGUCCAUGGACAGAAGUUGGGGAACCCUUGAUUUAAAGCAUUCUUAUACCACCUUAAUGGUUAUGGAGAAUCAUGGGAACUAUUUUUUAAAAGAUGCUGAGAACUGUAGCUUUGUGAGUUCAACACCCUGAACUAACUAAGUAUGGUACACUGGAGGGGGGGGGCAGGAGGAGAGUGAGGGUGAAAUGGAGAUGGUCCAAUUUUGUGAUCAUUUGGGCCCUAGUUCUUACAUAAAUGGCAUACCAUGACACAGGUAGUGGUUCACAUGAUGGGUUGAUCCUUCAUACAAAAACACUCCAUAGAAAGCUGGCAUACUGAGGAGAAGGCUAAGCUGGAACCCUUCUCCCUGCCUCGCUACUUCUGUAUUCAAGGAUUUUCUUUUUUAAGGAGAAGCAUUUAGUUCUAUGACUCCUAGCGAUCAUCUGAAGUUGUGCAGCUCAGAUACAGAUUUAUCACACCAUUGAGAACUAGGUUCUGGUCUCUCCCUAUUCUGUGAUGGAAAACAAGGUCCUGAUUAGCUGAAACAGGACCUGUUUUUUCAGGGAUCUGACCCUUCCCUUAACAACUAAAUUCCUAUUUCUUAGCCUUCUGCUUUUCAGAGAAACCAGUAAGAAAAUGGCCAUGCACUCCUUUCAACCUGUCUAUAGCCUGGUUAGCACAUAAUGCUAAAUCAUGUUUUACUUCGCUCAAGUGGUGUUUGUUUGAAUGCCUGAUCUCAGCCCAGCUGGGUAACCAUGGCUUCUUUUCUGGUUACAAACCACAAAAUGAAGCCAUGGUUUGUUGUUGGCUUAAGAACCAUGACCUGUUUUAACUGUGGUUUGACAUUAUUUCCAAACCCAACAGUCUUGCUAAACUAUGAUUUGCUUGUUUCCUGCAGCCACUCAUGAUGACACAUAGGCAAGAGCAUCUGGAAACCAAACCAAGCUUUGGAGAAAGGAGCCACGGCUUAUUUGUUCGUCUGCAAGAUGAUUUGUUGAAUAAACCAUGGCUUAGCAUUAUGUGCAAACGCAGCUGUAGAGGACUUAUCCCACUAACUUUGGUUCAUGAGUGAGGGACAUGUUUUGUCAGUUACCCACUCUCUUAACAAUCUGCCUCCUGAGGUAUUUUAUUUUGUAUAACAGACCCAGGGGGUCACCUCACCCAUUGUUUCUGGCUUGGGAGUCAUCUUUUCCUAGAAGAAUUCUCCCCUUCUGGCUAGAAUGAAACCCAGGUAGUCUGUAUUCCCACAGGUUCUACCUCCCCUGGCACAGACUUAGCCUUCCAGUCUAAAUACCUUCUCCAGACACUCAACCCAGUCUUCCUAUCUAAGCUGUGAGACUCCUUCCUCUUGCUGUAGAUUGUCUCUUCAGUGUGGUUGUUCAACUCAAAUCAGAACCAUUUCUCCCUCAGACAAAUUCUAUCCUAAUCCCUUUCUCCCAUCUCAAAUCAUAAAAAACUCCCAUCUAAAAACUCCCUCAGAAACUGCUCCUUGUAUUCUCCCUCCCAUCCAUGCAAUGAGUCAGGUCCCCUCCCCUCCAUCCCUGGAUCACAAUUUUAUUACCUUUUGGAACUAAACAAAAACAUAUAUUUGGCUAUUUUUGGUGAAUCUCUAUGUUUCAAAAAAUGGGAUUUCCUUGCCUUAUUAUGGCACUGGGAGUGCAGUAUAGGUUGUGGAAUGGAGAGAAAUGUAUAGAAAUGGUGGUGUGUGUGUGUGUCAUUGCAGCAUAGCACACAGUCUCAGGAGGCCAACGUUUCUGAUGUGUUGGGUACCCCUACUUUUGUCUGUAAGAGGCAUCCAUUUGGAAGUGUGUGGUAAUUGCUUGUGCUUCCAUCUUCCUCCAGAUUUGCUUCCCCCAGGGGUCUGCAAUCUUCUGAACCCUUCAACAAUCUACUCCAACAAUGAGAUUUCCCUGAGUACUAUCGGAGUGUAUGGAUUUGACUAUGACUACACACUGGCAUUAUACUCACCUGCCCUCCACUCUUGCAUCUACAACACAGCUCGGGACAUCCUUGUGGAGCAAUAUAAGGUACCUCUAGAGCUUGUAUGUCCUGUUGACUAGAACACAAGAAAAGUAAUUGGCAAAAUUGGAGGGUGCUUGGCUUGGACAAAUGGUAGCGACUGAAGGUUUGAAAACCUUUCGGUGGGGAUGGGAAGCCUGUGGUCCACAGGCCAAAGUUGGCCCACCAAGGGUACCUGCUUGAUCCAUGAGCCCGUUUCCCCCAAAACUUGCCCACCUGCCCCCACACCUGACAUCAUAUGUACACUUAAACCAUGUUCACAAUUGUGCAUUGGCAAGGGAAAUCAGGCUUCGGAUAUACUGCCCGUCAGCUAAGCAGCGCUGGAUUGGCUGCUGAAGUGCUCCCUGUGCGGAACUUCCCCACACACUGGAUGUCUGCAGAAAACAGGUUGUGGCUCUACCACCCAUCAGCUUGUGGGCAGUAAAACUGGAGCUGCAGGCAUUUUAAAGCACAAUGCAGGACUCUUGUACUGUACUUUGAAGUCAAAGGCACUUGCUAUCAUGGUGACACCAGGUGGUUGGCAGCCAAGGCCAGGAUCUGACCAGUGGAGCUAGAAAGGUUCCCCAGCCCUGCCUUAGGCUAAGCGAGACAUGAGAGGAGGAGGCAGCCGUGUUUGUAUGCUUGUCCUGUUCUGUGUAAACUGUAUGUGUUUGGUUUUUGCAUCAAAAGAGCGUUCAGGUGGACGAAGCUGAACCCUCUGCUGUCUUUACCUCACCAUGCUCUGUCACUGCAGGCACUUUUCUGGCAGCUCAGUUAUCCAAAGUGGCCCAGGCUAGAAAAGACACUUGAAGCAGUGGGGAAAGGGGAGGGUUUAGCACUCCUCAUUCAAGUGCUAAAAAGUUAACUUUUACCUCUUGUCUUAUAUGCGAACAGGGCAGACAGACCAAGAGGGCUGCUCCUGUCAUGCCUCCUCUGCCUCUUAAUGGGUAAAAUGUGCAUUUGCCCUUCAUGCUUGGGAACCUGUAUGGGCCUCCCAGUGUUAUUGGACUCUCAACUCCCAUCAUCCCCAGAAAGCAGCACGGCUAAUGGAUUGGGGCUGAUGGGAGCUGUAGUCCAUCAACAUCUGGAGGGCCACAGAGGUUCCCUAUCCCUGCUGUCUGUGCUUGCCUCUGGGAUCCCAAUUGUAGCUGAUAAACAUGGAUAGCAUGGUUCCAAGCAAUUCCCCGCAUUGACUUCAUUGAGAAAAAGUAUUAUCUUUGAAAUCCGCUUCCAAAUGACACUUGAAAGGCUCUAGACUUUUUAAACUGAUUGACCACCUUGCAAAUUGUAUGUUUUGUUCUGUCCCAUCAGUAUCCAAAGGGCAUCCUGAAAUAUGAAUAUUGGCCGAACUUUGCCAUCCGGGGCUUACACUACGACAUUGCCAAGGUGAGAUAGAGACAGGUGGCUUGUCCUGUUGUUGUGGCUUUGGCAGGACAGCAGAGGCUGGAGGAGCAGAGCUGUGUGUGCAUGUGUCAAAUCUCACUUUAGCCUGAAGUCACCAGGUGUUCUUUGCCAAACUGCAGUGGCCUAAUGCAGUAGUGUAAUCAACUUGGAACAUUUUAAAAGUCUUCUUGAAUAAAUGCUAAGCAUUAUUACUUGUCACCUGUGCAAAUAAGGGUCACUUUCAGCAGGGGGUUAAUUGUAAGCCAAGGGAAGAGUUUGUUCUUUUUUUCCAUUGUGGUCAUCCAUGUAGCACAAAUGUGGGCAGGCAAUGCAUUAUACAUAGGGCUGCCUCUGAAGACGGUUUGGAAGCUUCAACUGGUGCAGAAUUCGGUGGCCAGGUUGCUCACCAGGGCAAGAUGGUUUGAGCAUAUUACACCAAUCCUGGCCCAACUACACAGGCUGCCAGUUAGUUUCUGGGCCCAAUUCAAAGUGCUGGUUUAGACCUAUAAAGGCUUAAAUGGCUAAGGACCACAAUACCUCAAGGACCACCUUCCUCCACAUGAACCUACUCAGACCCUGCAAUCAUCCUCUGAGGCCCUUCUUUGUGUGUGUCCUCCAUGUGAGGACCAGAGUGUCCUUUUCUAUGAUGGCUCCCUGCUUGUGGAAUGCUCUCCACAGAGAGGCUCUCCACCUGAGAGCCUCACACCUACUUCCCAAAGCCCAGCGCCUUGCUAAUCCAGCUUUGGGAAAGCAGUGUAAGGGAUGGGGCAUCAAAUGUUGCAAAGGGCCACCGUAAAAGGCUUUGGGGGCCACAUGCCCAUGCGUUGGACCACCCUGUGCGUCCUUUUAAAUGUGUUUGUGGGAAGAGUGUCAUUGGUUUGUUAUUGCUCUUGUUUUUAUAAUGUAUUUUGUGUUCAUAUUUUGUAUUUUUAUGUGGUGAACCGCCCUGUGAUCUUCAGAUGAAGGGUGGUAUACAAAUUCAAUAAAUAAAUAAAGUAUUGUUUCAUGAACUAAUUUGCAAUAUAGGUUUCCUGUGUGCUGACUCCACAUUUCUCUUCUGUCUGCCAUACAGGGCUUGCUCAUGAAGAUAGAUGCCUUUCAUUACAUUCAGCUGGGCACCGUUUACCGGUAAGUGUUGCUCACAUUGGCCCCCAAUGGCUGAGAUGGAGCAGAAUUUCAUAGCUGAGAUAUUGGAAUUGAGGCUGUUCCUAGACCUAAUUUUUAAUAUUCUUCUGUAUGGUCAUGCCUAAGAUAUAACCCUGAUUCCCAGGAAAUAGAAUUUGCAAGUUGGGAAGCAGUCCCAAAGGCAUGCGGUCCUUUUAAUUUCCCUUGAAAACUCUGCUUAAAUUUGUGUUAGCCAUGGCUAGCUGUGGUUCACAUGGAAUAUUAAACCAUGGUUAAGUCAAACAAGGCAAGGAAGAGGGGAAGGAGCAUCCAUCCCUUGCUCUGGCUCAAAAUUUGCAAACUAGUUUGUAAGGAGACCGCAUCAUUGUCUGCACGAGUCAAACUGGAAUUCAUAACUUCGUAGCCACAUUACUCACAUGCAGUACUUUGAUUCAGCUGCGAAAUGAUGCUCUCCUGGCGACACUGCCAAGCUCCUAAACCUUUCCCCUUUUUGGCAUUCCCCAGGGGCUUGAAACCGGUUCCAGAUGACGAGGUGCUGGCGUUGUAUGACGGUACCCUUCAUAUCCCCCUCCACCAGGCUAGUGGCUUCUAUGGAAAGGUUGGUUCCCUUGCUAGCCCUGGAGUUGGUUUGAAGGCCAUCUGCCAGUGUCUCUCGUUGCUCAGUUUCUGUUUCUGACUGAGAUGUGGCAAGAGGGGACCAGGUGCCAGCAGAGUGUAGCUCCUUUUAUUUGCCUUCCUAUGUAUCUCUGCUAUCCAGGGUCCACCAAGUUAGAAAGGGAGCUUAGUUGGCCUGCAGUUGCAUCUACUUUCUAGGCUGGACCUCCAUAUUCACCUGGUUUCUCUACCAAGUAUUUGGUAGGGCAUUGCAUUGUCUCAGGAGUUUUUGCAGGGAAUACUGCAGGAUGCAUGGCAAACUGAGAUGCUGGAGUAAGGAUGAAGUGGUCUUCUUUGAAAAGGGGCAUCCAUAGUGAAGUUUUCGUCAUGUUGGCAGAGCACCCCUCAUGCCAGGACUGGCAUUGCCCUUGGAGCCAGUCCUAGAUGUACGCAACUAACCAGAAGUAAUUUGUUGAAGAGGUGUGAGCCUCUCUAGCCGAAGGUGUAAUGUUGCCCUGACUCAGAGGACUCAAGCGCCAUCCCACUCCCCAAGAGUCAAUGGCAGAUAAAGCAGACUUGGCCCCUUUAAAUAGGGUUGCCAUACGUCUGGUAUUCAGCCCUCGUAAACAGCGUCCGGGUGGAAAUCGAUGAAUGUCCAGGAAAAUCCGGGUGUGUGGCAGCCCAUGUCAGAAGUGUCGGUUUUGGUGAAUUUCAUUAAAAACAAUGAACAACUUAACAACUUUGCUCCCCACCCCUGCAAAAAAGAGCUCAACUUUUGUGUCCAGUUUUUCACUUCAUGGGCGCAGAGCCAGCAACUGAGAUACAGCUGCAGCUCCUGUUUAAGGCUCAGUCUGGGGGUGACUGUUGCCGAAGGAACACCUAAGCUCUGCUCUUACUGUGCAGAUAGCCUGAGCUCUGCGUGUGUGUUUUUGGCUCAACAUGAGAGGAAAUUGUUACAAACUUUAUAAAUAAAAUAAAGUAUGCCACUCUUCAUUCAAAGAUCUAAGGACAAUCCACAGCAUAAAAAUACAAGAUAAAAACACAAAAUGCAUUAUAAAAACAAGAACAAACCAAACCAAUGACCUCCUCCCCCCACUCUCAAUGCACCACUUUCACAUCCUAAGGUACCACCGUUCUGGUCCUGAUCCUGAUCGGAACAUUCCAUAGGUGCUAUUUUAUGUUUUUUAAACAAAUGAACGAACAUGGAACUAUGCAUUUAACAUAGUGUGUUGUUUGACACUCAGAAUGCAGUGUGGGUAGGCAAGAACUUCCCGGUGAAAUAGUCUCACGGCAGCCCCUUUCGCCAGCUCACGGAGGGUGCUCUGUACCUCCUAGCUGCCUUUAUCUAACCUUGAUGUCUCUUGCCUUCCCCAUUUUUCUCCAAUCCGGAUCUAUGUACAGUGGUACCUCAGGAUGUGAACGGGAUCCGUUCCGGAGCCCCAUUUGCAUCCUGAAUAGAACGUAAGAUGCAUCUGGGCGUGCCGUGUUUCGCUGCUUCCAUGCAUGUGCAUGACGUCAUUUUGACCAUCUGCACGAGCAGCGAAAUCCGGAAGUAAUGUGCUCCGUUACCUCUGGGUCGCUGCAGAGCGCAACCCGAAAAUACAUCCUGAAGCAUAUUUAUCCCGAGGUAUGACUAUAUCUGAUAAAUCAAAUGAUGGAAGCGGAAGUAAAUAUGCUCAUUCUCACUUAAUUGUGGAUUUUGAAGGUGGUUGGUGAAUGUAGGGCUCUGAUGUGUAGCUGGACUAGAUGAACCAGGAAUUCUGCAAAGUUGGACAAUUACAGUCCCUGCACUAGCAAGAAAUGGGUGAUGAGUGCAAGCAGUUCUGACUGAGAGUUGCUGUUCAAGCCAGGAACAAUCUUUUGUUUCUCCUUCCCUCCCUUGGACUUCCCAGGGUCCAGCCAUAAAGCAGUUUAUGGACAUCUUCUCUCUCCCUGAAAUGACCCUCCUGGCCGUAGUCAAUGACUUCUUCAUCACCAACGACAUUGAUUACGAUCCCAUCCAUCUCUACAAAGACGUAACGGUGUGUUUCCCUCCACUUUCCUGCAUAUUCUGCUCUUGUUGCUGAGUGUUGAGAUGUAGGCUUCUGUGUUGAGAAUUGGCAGGAGGAUUGUUGCUUGCUAGGUGUCCUUUUUUUGGUGGGGGGGGGAGGACUCUCUGUUCUCUGUGGUUUACCCUGCAGGCAAAUUGAGGAGGAGGAUUUGAGUGCUCUCAAGGGCUCUCUUCAGUUCUUUCUUUUUUACUACUUUGUUGUUGUGGGAGGGAGUGACGUAUCUCGCCACAGCAGAACAGGCUGUCCUGAACCAAGGAGAGAAUUGGGAGGGGCUGCCUGCUUAUCUGCCAGGCCGGCUUAUCAAGGAGCCCAGCUGCCCCAAGGCACACAGCAUGGGCCUCUUUCUCCUCCUCUGCCUGUGUUUUGAAAAGGCAAGUCUCCUUCUUAGUUGUAUCUUUGGAAACCUGAGACAUCUGGCUCUGCCUCUCAGACUCACAGCUUCUCUGGAGCCUGCCUGUCUCCUUGAUCCAGGGCAAGAGGUCAGAACAGGCAUUGUCAUAAAUAGCAUUGCUCCCUUGCUGCCUCCAUGCACGUAGGCCCUUUGACUGUUCCAAGAGACCUCUCUAUUGAGCAUUCAUUCCAAUUUGUUUGCAGGAAGAUUAGAUGGCAAAUGCUCAUUAGCAAGCCAACUUUCUGAUUUGUUUGUGGGGAGAUUAGAUGACAUUGUGUUACCCCACACUUCCCAGUGCAUUUGUCCAUCACUUUCCUUAUCACAAGAAGUCUUAGGGGGGGAAGCAGGUUUGCUACACAAGACCUCCCAAUCAAUGAUAAUUGCACAAUUCUAUUAGCCUCCCGGAAUGUGAAUUUGCCUGUAUCUGAUUGAAUUCCACCUAUGGAAUUCGUCCUAUGGGACGAAAAAUAGGGACAGACUUAGUGGGUUCUCAUGCUUGUAUUCUACAGUGAGGGGGGAAAGUAGUUGAUCCCCUGCUAAAUUUGCCCGUUUGCCCUCUGAUGAAGAAAUGACCAGUCCAUAAUUGUAAUGGUAGGUUUAUUGUAGCUGUGAGAGACAGAAUAACAACAGCAAAACCUCCAGAAACCCAGAAGACAAAAGUCAGAGAUUGAAGUGCAUUAUAAUGAGUGAAAGAAGUAUUUGAUCCCCUAUCAACCAGCCAAAUGUCAGGCUACCUGGUAUCUUCACUGUACGUAAUGAGCUGAGAUUAGAAGCACCUGCUGUAAGGGGGAGGUCUUACCUAUAAUCCCAGACCUUUGUCUUCUGGGUUUCUGGGGGUUUUCCUGUUGUUAUUCUGUCUCUCACAGCUACAAUAAACCUACCAUUACAAUUAUGGAUUGGUCAUUUCUUCGUCAGAGGGCAAACGGGCAAAUUUAGCAGGGGAUCAAAUACUUUCCCCCCUCACUGUACUUGUUCAUAUGAGAAAGAUAUUUCAAGUAUUUCAGAAGUCUGCACCCAAAAGCAGAAUUCUUCAGCUUGCCUUAAUUACAUAAAUCAAUCACAUUUGCACAUUUGUUGAAUUAUUUUGCACUUGCUGAUUGUGCAAAAGGGGGCAGAGAGCUUUGCCAAGAUGCCACAACUGAGCACCCUCCCCCCAUAGCUUCUAGUAUGUCAUGACACCUUCAGGCUUAAGGGUUAAAGGUUUUUCUUCCUCAGACUGUGCAGGAUCUUGGAAUGCACAAGUCUUGAGACUUUCCUUCUGGGUCAGACAGGCUGUCUGAGUUGCUUAGCCUUCCUGAAUGGAGUUUGGGAUUCUGCUUAUUUUGAGCCAUAUGGUCCUCCAAGCCUCUCCAACAAUUCCUGUGGUGCAGGCGUCUCCUGUGGUUGUUCUUCCUCCUCCUGCCUACUUGUGAUGAGGAUUAUAUAUAUGGACGUUCCUAUUUCAAGGGCUCAAGACCUUCUGGUCCCUUCCAGCCCUACUGGUUUUGUACCUGUACCACAUGGAUGUUUCUACACCACAAAUUUGUGAGUGUGUUUUAAAACAAUUAUCAUGACCCCCAGCUAAGGAAUCCUAGCAGCUUUCUUUGGCUAGAUACAUACCAGACUGUUAAGGCACAGAUCCAGUUCCCCCAUAUGUUCUUGUCUGCACGCCUAUCCACAUGAGCAAUGGAAAGCACUGUCACAGUAUUUCCUGUCCACAUUGGUGGCUAGUAGUUGAUGGGAUGUAUUCACACUGUGUCUUAUUGUCCCCUCCUCUCAGUACUUCCCCACCUUCCCUAAGUUCCAGAAACGUGAGGCCCAUUGUGGGUAUGCACACAUGUAUUCAUUUUCCUAUGGAGGCAGCCAAAAAUUUUUUGGAUACAACUUUUCUGUUAUGCCAGAUUUGCAUUAAAAAACAGAUUAUUAUUUUUUUUAAAAGACCACUGAGGAGAGCUGUCAGGUAGGGGUGUGCAGCAAAAUGUCACCACAAAUGUAAAAAAACCCCCUGUCUGCAGAGUGCCAAUGGGAUGUUGUCAGUGCCGAAAGUGUAUACACAUGGAGUGCUUAGAAACCAUUUUAAACCACUGUGUACACACCACUUUUUUGGAAAGUAGCUGGGAAUUUCUCUGUGUUUGAAAGAGGAAGAAAGACAGAAACAGGCAAGGACCAAGCUAGUUGUAACUGUAGCAAGGUCUGCUGCAUUUAUUUAAACAGGUAAAAACACCGUUGGGAUUUCUCAAAUCAGAUUUGGGCUGUGGUUCAAACGGAGAGGUUUUCCCCUUGUAAGUGCACACCCCUCACCCCCUGGACACACUGAAGCCGCUAUUUGCCCUGUGGAGGAAAACAAGCAAGUAUCAGUGUCUCUGAACUCCCUCCACCCACAUCCCUGUCAGGGAAAGCAGGGCCAGAAAGGAAAGGGUUAACCCUCUUCCUACAGUUCUGGAGUCCCAGUUGGAUUCUUGUUACCCCCCACAAAAACUGGUGGCUACUAUUACUUUUUUCUUUUCUUUUUAAAGCAAGUGAUCCAGACAUGGAUCUCUAAACUGGUUUGGCCAUCGGAAUAUGUUGUAAAGCAAUGGAGCAACAGAGGCAAGUGAUUUGUGGGAGGCUGGGGCCAGUUUGCAGUGCCUCCCCACCCAACUAGGUAACCUAGCUUGGGAUAGAGGGGCAAGUGGGGUGAUUCCAGCUCUUAGCCCCCCCCCCCCUUUAGCCCAAAGCCAGCUUGGAAGGGGUGCAGAGCAAGGGAGCAGUAUAGCCUUCCUUUCCAAAGCACCAUCUCUCGAAAGCAACUUUCAGGGUGUUGGUGAAACAUUGGAAACGCAGGUCUGGGGGAGACAUUGUUAAACUUGUUUGUGUAUUUCUGAGGUGUUUUUUAAAAACUAUUAUUAAAAAAAGUUUUUCGAUAGGAUGCCAUCCGGGAUGUCCAUAUUAAAGGCUUUAUGUACAAGUGGAUUAUGCAGGAUCUGGGUGAGUAUCCAUCUGCCGAGGGGCUGAAGGCAGGGCAGCCACACAAGCAGAGGGCUGCAAGGGAUGCAAAUGGCCUUUCCAGACCGGCUGCCUUUCCCAAGGGAAGAGCGUCCAUCCACUAGCUAAGCUGUAGAACAAAACACGCUGGUUAGCUAGCCAAGUGUGUCAGAAGUGAAAUGUUUUUCUGCAUGAAGUGAUUUUGCAGAAUGGCACAGAGGCUUAAGCAAGUGAACCAAGCAGUGGACUGCUUAAGGGAAGGCAAAACCAAAGAUCAGGCCUGGCUAGAGUCUCUUAGUCUGUGCAUUCUCUGUGCCUGGACCAAGCACAUUCCACACCAAGAAAGCUAAAUUCUGCAGUCACAGGAGAAGCCAGCAGACUGAAGCCCCGCCCUUCGUCUCAGAAAUCAGAGAGGGAUUGGCCAGGUGCUUUCAUGUGCAUCUGCACAGCCACAAGGGCUAGAAACUUGCUUUAAAAGGGGGGGGGGUUGCAUUGUGCCACAUUGUGUACUUUUUGUUCACUUCCUCAGGGUAGGCAUAUACACAAAGCCCAGCCUAAGUCAGAAAACGAAAACAACAAUCCUUCCAGCACUGCUCCUUCCCACCCAGUGAACCUCGUUUCAGUUUGUCUCUUGGUCCUGUCUGCAUCAUAGCUGUCAAGUGUCCCUUAUUUGAAGGGACAGUCCCUUAUUCCAGCGCCAUGUCCCGCUGCUGUCCCUUAUUGAUGGAUGUCCCUUAAAUGUCCCUUAAAUGAUGUCCCUUAUAUUUCAAAGGAAGCAGCGCCUCUCCCUCCCUCCCUGCCAGCCAGGGAGGAGGGAGGCUCCAACUGUGUUGCUUGGCUGUGUUGCUCACCCAAUAAGAAGUCUAAGAACGAUGGGGGGGUGGAGCUUGCAUGCCUUGUGUGUGGCUAGUUAAUGCAAGCUGAGGGGGUUUUUGAAUGCUGGGCGCCAUUUUGUUGCACGUGCUGCUGCAAACUUUGCAGUGCAAAGCCAGGCCGGGGAGCUAUCUUAAGUUGAGGCUGCAUAGGCCUUGUGGUGCAUGUGAGUCAGAUUCUAGUCAGUUGAACCUCUGGUUACAAAGUUGGUUGGAUGGUGUUCUCGAAGCUACCCAGCAUGAGUUCGACCAGACUGCAGGAGGACAGGAAGACUGGAGUGCCUGGAACAGGUGAGGCUGCAGGUCCCUUAUUUUGGCUGCUGGUCCCUUAUUUUCAAGGCUGCUGGUCCCUUAUUUUCAGAUCUGUAAGUUGACAGCUAUGGUCUGCAUGGAGAAGUUUUUAAUGCCCAUCUUCCCUCUGCAGAGAAGUACAUCUUGCGUGGGGAUGAGACGUACGCCGUGCUGCACCGCCUGGCCAAGUGUGGCAAGAAACUCUUCCUCAUCACCAACAGCCCUUUCAGCUUUGUGUGAGUCUGAACGUGGCAGGGCUGCAAGCUAGAAGUAGGCUGGGCAUUAACAUUGUCCUGGUCCAAAACUGUUGAUCUACAAUAGACUUCAUUUAAACUCUGCUUAAAUGCUGAUAUUGAACCAAUCUGUUGGAAUCUCUAGGGCUCUCCUGCAUCAGCUGCUCCUGCAUUUUCAUAGAAUUGUAGAGUUGGAAGGGAGCCUGAGAGUCAUCGAGUCCAUCCCACUGCAGUGUAGGAAUCGUAACUAAAGCAUCCAUGACAGGUGGCCAUCCGACUUCUGCUUAAACACUUCCAAUGAAGGAGAGUCUAUCAAACAGCUCUUGCCAUCAGAAAGUUCUUGUUUGGUCAGAAUCUCCUUUCUUGUAGCUUGAAGCCAUUGGUUUGGGUCCUGCCCUCUGGAGCAGGAGAAACUAAGCUUGCUCCAUCUUCCAUGUGCUAGCCCUGGAGAUAGUUGAAGAUUUUUUUAGGUUUGACCUAAAGUGUUACACUACUAGCCCUAGCCCUUUUAGGCGGCUCAGGCAGACAUCUUACACUAAUUUGACAGUCUCAUGGCAGAUACGAGAAUAAAGGAGGAAGGUAGGGAGUAGUAGGGAGCACUACUGUGGGCUGUGAGAAAGGAGUGAAUUGUAGCCGCUCUGAGCCCGGCUUUGGCCGGGGAGGGUGGAAUACAAAUAAAAUAUUAUUAUUAUUAUUAUUAUUAGCUCCUGCACUCUGCCUAUUCUUCUGCUGGAAUAUCUGCUGCCCUUCUCAGGCUUCCUUGGUCUCUGUUGCAAGAGCCCAUAGAAGCUGCCCCUGCUGUCUGCUACUGGUGACAUUCCCUCUCCUAUUCCUAAUGUGCCUUUUUCCUCCUUUCCAGCAAUAAAGGGAUGCGGUACAUGGUUGGUAAAGACUGGCGGGACUUCUUUGACGUGGUCAUAGUCCAGGCAGACAAGCCUCAUUUCUUCAAUGAUUGUGUCAAGUAAGUGUGGCCCACUCUAAAGCUCCUGCUGUGGAUUCCAGAUCCUGUAUGCCACAUUGAGGGAUGAGUUCUAGUGCAUCCACCUUGGGCGGUUGUGGGGCAGAGCGCAUAGCCUGGAGUCUGGGAAGCAGUGCUGGCCCUCGCACACAUGCACCGUCUUAUAGGUUACACCAGUCAGUAUAGAGACUUGAGCCUUCAGAACCUGGUGGGCUGCCUCUGGCCACUUUGCAGAGAGCCAAAUAUUCGUUUGUUUGCUUUCUGUUGCUGGAGGUGGGGGCAUUCUGUGUAAAUUUGAAAUCCUGCUAUCUGCCCAACUGCAUCAUUUUCCUCCUUUCUUUCUUUUUUAAAAAGUAACUUAAUACUGACUUGCUUGAUUGCCCUAAAUAUUCCUCUGCUUGCUUUUGUGUGGGGUGGGGAAGGCUUACACUGGCUUGGGACAGAAAUGAUUGUCUGCUUUUAUGAAGAUAGGGGUGCUUUGUAAAUUAUACAUGACUUCUGAAUAUUCUGUUUUCACUUCCUGUCAUUCUUCCCCUUCUUUCCUAUAUCUUGUAUACUUUCUUCUCCUUCCCUUUUUGUGUCCUACUGACAUUUAAACCACAUGGAACGGUUUAAAUAAAACCACAUGGAGGUUUUAUUACAAUCAAGAGAUACAUAUAUUUUUGUUAAAUAAGUAAAAGAAUGAAAAUAAGUCUUUAAGGAGGUGCAUCUUAAAUUGCACUUUUUAUAAUAUUGCCAAAAUGCAAUGCAAAGUCACAGCUCCUGGUUUUCCUUGGCUCCAAGAGCCGCUUCACACAAGAAUUUGCAGAAAACAUCUACACAAUCUUAUGUGUAGGUUCCCCACAGAAGCAGUGUGAGGGUGGGCAAGUGAGAAUGAUUUUGUGGGUUUGGAGGCUAGAUGCUGGGUCCCAGGAGCUCAUGCCCCCCAGCUCUGGGAGAGCAGAGGGUCUUGUUGGCACCCCACCCACCACUUGCUUCUCUCCUCAGACCUUUCCGGCGACUGGAUGCUAAUGGGGAUCUGCAGUGGGACAAAAUAACUAAGCUGGAGAAGGGGCAGGUAUAUAAGCAGGUGAGGAAAUGGAUUGUGGAUGAUAAAAAUGUCAUGGUGGUGGGAUUGUCUGUCUUCUGGAAGAAUGGAAUUAAUAUACCAGAUCUUUCCAUGCUUGUAACUUGGGCAUGUCAGUCCUUCAGCGUAUCAUCUUCUGUACACACACACACACACUUUUCUCCACUUGGUUAUUCUUGAGGCAGUCAAAUCAGAUACCUAAGGGAUGGGGGAAGUAAUCUCCUCUCUUGCAGGUCUAAUCCAGUUCCACCCUAUGACAGGAGCCUGUAUGGCCCUUCAGAUGUUAUUGAACCACAACUCCCAUCAACCUCAGCCAGUAUGUCCACUGAUCAAAGAUGAUGGGAAUUGUAGUCUAGCAGCAUCUGGAGGAUCACAGGUUGCCUAUCCCUGCCCUACAGUUUCAAGUAGGGUGUGAGGAAGAAGUCGGGAAUGGUGUUGAGCUGGUCAACAGGGCCACUUUUAACAGCCACCCUUUGCUAAGUUGUGUGCACUCUCUCUCUCUCUGGUGGUGAGGACACAGCCUAGUCUGGGCUCACCCUCGCCAUGGCACAGUGGGCAAGCAAGGGAGAGGAGAAAAGCCCACUGAGGGCUUCUUGCCCAGCGCUCUCUGUUUCUGGAGUUUGGCACCAGGCUACCUUCUCCAUACCAGCAAGUAAUUCCAUAUCUUUUGUCAAUUCUAGGUCAAAAUUCAGCCUCUUAUGUUUAACCUCAUUCUAUAUUAAUGUAAAAAUUGUGUAGCCAUUUUGUUCCUGUAUUUAUAGAACUCCUUUAACUGACUUCACCUGUCUGGUGAUUUUAAUGCACCCUUUCUCAUUCCACUGUCAAAAAAUAAAAUAUAGGGCAACCUUGUUGACUUCCUCCAGCUUACAGGCUGGCGUGGAUCCAAAGUUCUCUACUUCGGAGAUCAUCUCUACAGUGACCUGGCGGUGAGAUCUUUGGGCCUUUUUCUCUGGGGCAGGAAUGGAGUGUGGCCUGUGGGAGCUGUGACCUGACUUGAGUUGAAGGGAGGGGAGGGGGGGUGAAGUUGCUUUGGGCUUGCCUAUGCCUUCCUUCUUCCACUGUACCUGUCUCCCCACAGGACCUGAUGCUGCGCCAUGGCUGGCGAACAGGGGCCAUAGUUCCCGAACUGGAAACAGAGACCAAAAUGGUGAACACAGAACAGUAUUCACAAGCACUCACCUGGCUGCAGGCCUUGACCGGCUUGCUGGAGCGCAUGCAGGUAGAGGAGAGUCCACUUGGUGGCUGAGAAUGGAAUGGGGAAAGGGCGCAGAGCUCUUCAUGGAGGGUUGCUCUUGAGAGACGGCAAAGGAUGCUAAAAUAGUAGAGCAAUAAUCCUAAAAUCCUAGAAUUGUAGAGUUGGACGGGACCCUGAGGGUCAUAUGGUCCAACCCCCUGCAAUGCAGGAAUCUCAACUAAAGCACACUUGGCAGGUGGCCAUCCAACCUCUGCUUGAAAACCCCCAAGGAAGGAGAGUCCACCACCUUCUGAGAGAGUCCCUUCCACUGCCAAACAGCUCUUCCUGUCAGAAAGUUUUUCCUGAUAUUUAGUCGGAAUCUCCUGUCUUGUAACUUGAAGCCAUUGGUUAUAGAAUCAAUAAGGUGCCCUAAAGACCAGUUAACAUAGAAGAAAUGAAGUUUGUAGCUAGCUUAUGGGCUUAUGAAUCAGUAGGUAAAAAGGCAAAUUUCUUCUGCAGAAGUUGGUUUAGUGAGUUUUAAGGCAGGAUGGGAUCAUCAAAUGCUUUUCUAACCACUUGGUUUGUUUCUCCAAAAGAUGUUCAAGGAUCCAGAAGCUCAGAAGGUGUUGCAGGACUGGAUGAAGGAGCGACAAGAGCUCAGGUAACAUUUUAUCUCUGCCUUCCCAUGCGCUUCACUGUGCCAGAUCCAGGGUUACAAAUAGCCACAUGCCUGAGUGUCUGUGGCAAAUCAGAGUUUUAUCCAGGCCAAUUAGCCAAGGAUGUUUCGGGGAGCUGGGGGCGAUGCUGUACAUGUGGUGCUUUGCUUUUUCAGUCUGUAGUAUUAAUGUCAACUUGGAGGGUCAUAUGUUCUUUGCAUGCUUGAAUAGAUGAGAUGAGAUUUACAAUUUAUACCCUGUUUUUCUGUUAAAAUAAUACUCAAAGUAGGUUACAAUGCAAAACAAAAAUACAAUGUAAAACAACAAAAUAUGGAAUACAAGGCUGAUCUACUUGUAGUUGCUUUUCCUUCUGAAUUCUAGCUCCUCAUCAGGUUAUUCUGUUCCACAGAAAAUUCCAUACUCCUCUGGAUGUCCCCUCUGUUGUCCUAGAUUCAUGACUUCCACACCCCUUUAGCCUCAUUAUACUUGUACACAAGGGGUUGAAUCUGGACUGAGGUAGCUGAACUUGGGUCCCCUUGACUUCAGCAGAUCAGCUUCAUGACUUAAGUUCAGUAUCAUUGAUUUCAUUGGGAACUAGGUUUCCCUGUUGAAACAAAGCCCAGGUAAUUGUAAUUACUGUAUUUGCAUUUCUUCUCCACCCCGUGCUCUAUUUUUAGAUUUGUAAACAUUUUGGAGUGGAGAGCCGCCUCUGCAAACUAAUGGUGGAGCUACAUCAAUAAGAAUUUUCCCUCUCUGAAGGUGUGCCCAUUUGGAAGAAAGGCAAAUAAUAUUGUGUCUUUAGGUAGCGAUUAGUAGGGAAAAGUUAAAGAGGCCCCUACUUUAAGGCCCCUCCCAUUAAGAAUGGGAAUCUCUGCUCCUGCUGCCUCCUGAAUUCUAACUUUCUGCAGUUACUGUUGGCAUGUGGCAGCUGCUUUAUCCUUUGUCUUAUUUUCUGAAUCCCUUAAAUCUCCCUGCCUACUUACAGCUGACUCCAGGUUUGAGAAGACCCUGUCCAGGUGCCCUCUGGUAGGCUGUCUUCUCCAUCAUCAGUUGCCCUCCUCCAUUGGGCUUAACUGGCAGUGGGCAGCAGCAGCAGCACUCUUAAGCAUUGCCAGGUGACUGGCUCUAGCCUGUUUUUAAUUUUCUACAAUGGCCCAGAUUAUGAGCCACAUGAGCAAUUCAAAUGGCAGCUGGACCCAGCUUUUUGGUGGCACUUGGAGCAUCAGGCCUGAAUUGGUGGAGUUUCUUAAAGGGAGCCCCAGGUGUCAGCAAUGGGCCCUAGCAGCUGCCAGGUGUUGACUCUGCCUAGUCUGCCUGUAGCAAGUGGGCAGCUGUGCAGUCACUGCCAUGCAGAAAAUGGCUAGUUUCUCAGUGUGGGUUGAAUGUGUACUAACGUUCCCAAGCACAAUUCAAAGUGUUGGUGCUGACCUUUAAAGUCCUAAACAGCCAGCCCUGUAUAUCCGAAGGAGCAUCUCUACCCCCAAGAGCACUGAGAUCCAGCUCCGAGGGCUUUCUGGCGGUUCUCUUAUUGCAAGAAGUGAGGUUACAGGGAACCAGGCAGAAGGCUACCUGGUAGUGGAAUGCCCUUCCAUCAGAUGUCUAGGAGAUAAAUAAUUAUCUGAUUGAUAGAAGUCAUCUGAAGGCAGCCCUGUACAGUGGUACCUCGGGUUACAGACGCUUCAGGUUACAUACACUUCAGGUUACAGACUCCGCUAACCCAGAGAUAUUACCUCGGGUUAAGAACUUUGCUUCAGGAUGAGAACAGAAAUCGUGCUCCAGUGGCGCAGCGUCAGCAGGAGGCCCCAUUAGCUAAAGUGGUGCUUCAGGUUAAGAACAGUUUCAGGUUAAGAACAGUUUCAGGUUAAGAACGGACCUCCAGAACGAAUUAAGUACUUAACCCGAGGUACCACUGUAUGGGAAAGUUUUUUAUGUUUGAUGUUUUACUGUGGUUUUAUAAUUUGUAGGAAGCCACUCUGAGUCAGAUGGACUGAGUACAUAUUAAUAAUAAUAAUAAUAAUAAUAAUAAUAAUAAUAAUACAAUUCAUUUAUUGUGGGUAUGGAUCCUACAUGCACAGCAGUUUCAAAAGGAUUUCCAGUGAUCUCUGAACACUCCAGUGGUGGUUUUCAGCUGACUGUUGGCAAGAGAAGUUGAACUGAGCUGAAUUUAGCAUUUAAUUAAAUAGAAGUAAUAGCUGUUUAUGAGAAUGUGGCAUGGAAGAGUUUCCCCAGUAGGGUUCGGUCUCUGCGAGGUGGUCCCCUCCUUUGCAAGGUCUUCUUUCAGAAAACCGUAUGUUGCCUAAGGAGAGCCAGAGUAAACACAACAGCAUUUCAUUGGAGGACACAGGGAGCUGCGUGAGCGCUCUUUCAGAGGGAGUGUAAUCCCGUCAAGAGCAGGCAAUCUCCCACCCAUCUGGUCUGGGGAUCUGAAUGCUUUAAAAAGAAAUCAUUUGAAAACAAUCAAGUAUUCUUGCUAAUUUCAAGGUUGCCAGGGACAAUGUGUACUAGCCAUAAAAUACCAGGGUGGAUAGGAAUCUUUCUAAAUUCCCCCUGAGUGAGGGAAACCAGUUGCAUCUCACCAGAGAGGGCAUUUCAUAAACAGGGAACAGCUGUCAAGAAGGUUCUUUUGCAAGUUAGCAUAGCUAACAAGUUAGACAGCAGUAUCACCAGCAGGGCCCCCCGUGACUAGUAACCCUGGAUAGUCUUCCUUUGUGAAUUUGUCUUUUAAAGACACCUAAGUUGACAGCCACAACCACAUCUUGUAUCAAAUUCCAAAACUAUUUGUACUAAAAUAUUAGUGCUUCUUUUUGUCUUUCCUGAAUCUCCCAACAUUCCAUUUCUUUCAGUGACCCUGGAUAGACAGGGAACAUUUUCCUCUCUGUUUUCUCCUUCUAAUGCAUAAUUUAAUAAAUUGCAGCAUAUCUUUUCUCUUACUUGCUUUUUUUUCUAAACUAAAAAGCCACAAACGUCAUAACCAUUUCAUGUAGGAGAGUUGAUUUUGUUUCCUCUUUUCUGUACCUUUCACAGCUCUGCACUCCCCUUCCUCUGAGGUGCAGCAAGCAGAACUCUUUGCAGUAUUCCAGGUGCAGCCACUCCAGACAGUCUCAUUUGUGAUGUCUCUUGUUUUGAUCCCUAGCACAAAAUUCACUUUUUACACCGCUUCUGCACACUAGGUUGACAUUUUUAUUGAGCUGUCUGCUAUCGCUCCAAGAACUCUUUCUGGUCAGAUCACAAAUGUGUGUGUUGCCCCAGUAUGCAUUCCUUUACACUUGCUCACUUUUUGAGCUCUUCACAGUCCCUUCAUUCCCCCCCUGCCCCCUCCCAGUGCUAAUAGUCAUGUUGUGCAGCCUGAACAAGCUUUCCUUCUGGGUAAAUACUCUUUCUGUGAAAAUUCCAUGAAAGAAUUCACAAAUUGAGGCUUUUGCUGCUACUGGGUUCUGUCUCAUCUGGUGGGCUUGGAUUUCAUUUCUAUAGAAAACAAUGGUCUGGGCUGUGCAACCGGAUAGCUCUCUAAUGGCUCCCCUACUUGCAUCUAUAGAUGCCAUGAGCUGCUAUUAAUUGCCCUAACCCAGGGUCUUCAAACUAAGGGCUGCAGGCCGGAUCAGGCCCGCCAGGGUCCUAAAUCCAGCCCUCCCUGCUGCUGGUGGCUUCUGGCUAGCCACCACUACCUCUGCCGCCGCCGCCACUACCAGUUUCCCAUCCAUCCUUCCAUGGCUCCUUCAAACUACCAUUCCUGUUACAUAUUCUACUUUUCUUAAUCCAUUAAACAUUCUAAUUUCUCUCCUUACAAAUUUUAACUGCUGAGCUUAUUCCAGACUGGCUAAGGUUCUAACAUUUUUACAGUGAAAUUUUAAAUAUUCUGCAAAUGGUUUCCAUUCCUCUCUAAAAACUUUUCUCUUCUUGCUCUCUAAUUUUGCUGGUUAAACUUGCUAAUUCUGCAUAUUCCAUUAAUUUUGCCUGCCAUUCCUCCUUUGUAGGUACUAACUCCUCUCUCCAUCUUUGUGCAUAUAAAAUUCUCACCACCUAAACAGACUAACUUUUUUACUUGGAACCUCAGAUCUCACCAUACCUAAAAGAAAGGCCUCAGCUCUCUUUGGAAAGGUCUUCCAAAAUAUUUUUUUCCAGUUCAUUAUAUAUCAUUUCCCAAUAUUCUUUGGCUCCACCACAUUUGAUUGAAAGUCCCAUCCAUAACUUUACACUUCCAACAUUUACCCAACUCUGACUUAUACAUUUUUGCUAAUCUGUUUGGUGUCAAGUACCAUCUAUAAAUCAUUUUCAAAUAGUUUUUCUUAAGAGCGUAGCAGGUUGUAAAUUUCAGUCCUGUUUUCCACAGCUUUUCACACAAAUCUAACUAUAUUAUGGCCUACAUCUCCUGCCCAACUAAUCAUUGCCAAUUUCACCAUUUCAUCCUGUCUCUCAUUCUUGUAAUAACAUACAUUUUAGAAAUUGACUUAUCGUUAUUUUCUAUUAGCUCUUUCUGAGGUAUGUUCCAUGAAACCAUAUUGUUUAUUGACGUCAAAUGUUUCAUUCACUUGACAGUAUUGCAACCAAUCUGUCACUUGUUGCCGACUCCUUCCAUCUUCUUCAGGCUUACACUAGUAUCUGUAAAGUCCAGUAAUUCUCUAUACGUUGGCCAUCUUUUUUCCAUAUUAAGUUUUUCACUGCAAUUGUUUUGAUGGGUCAAAGCCACAAAUGUGUUUUACUUUCUAGCAGGUUUUUAUAUUUUCCCCAGACUCCAUAGAUAUUUCUCCUAAUUCCAUGAUUCAUAAAAUUCUUACGUAUUCUUGCUUUGCCAUACCAUAGACAUGCAUGCCAACCAAAUUUAACACCACACCCCUCCAAAUUGAGCAGUUGAGUGUUCUUCAACUUUAUCCAUUCUUUUAACCAACACAAGCAUGCUGCUUUAUAAUAUAAAUGCAGAUCUGGCAGAGGGAAGCCUCAUUUUUCCCUAGUAUCAAUCAAUAUCUUAUAUUUAAUUCUUGGUUUCUUCCCCUGCCAGAUAAAUCUAAAAAUAUCCUUCUGCCAAGAAAUAUCCUUCUUUAAAACAGCUUAGGUUAUUAAUUAUUGGGGCAAUUUGAAAUAAAAAUAACUUUUCCAACAACACGUUCAUUUUUAUGACCGAAAUUCUACCCAACAGAAAGCUGAGAUUCUUCAAGAGGUGCAUUCUUCAGCUAUCACUGCAUGCUGCAGUUUCCAUGAAAACACAUUGUCCUGUUGCAGCUUGCUAGGUCACCUAGCUAGGUACAGAACCUAAGAAGCCAAAGAUUUAAUUUUGUAUGCUGUUGUCUAAUAACUCUUUCUCUUUCUCUUCUCUGUGUCCCCUCAAACUUGCUGCAGGGCACUCACCAAAAACCUCUUCAAUCCUCAGUUUGGCAGCAUCUUUCGCACCUGCCACAACCCCACCUAUUUCUCACGCCGCCUGUGCCGCUUCUCGGACGUCUACAUGGCCUCGCUCAGCUGCUUGCUCAACUAUGACCUCAACUACACCUUUUACCCAAGACGCACUCCCCUGCAGCACGAGGCUCCCCUCUGGAUGGAUCAGCUGUGCACUGGCUGCAUGAAGACUCCCUUUUUGGAAGAGAUGGCUCAUAUCCGCUAG